AUGUUAGACGAGAACCUGCCCACGUUCUUCCUCAAGCCGUCUACAGACAAGCUCAAGCACCACGAGUCGUACUACUUCACGCAGAAUGGCUCGGAUCCCGAUGCGCAAUAUGCGCUGCACCACAUCGACCCCUCAUCGAACGACGCGAAGAACACUUACGCCGUAGCCCUGUUCGACUCGUACCGACCCGACAUCUUGUUCGGUGAAGUGCUAGCGAAGCCGGGCUGGACACACCCAACACUCUCCCAGGAGGAGAUCCGCAAGAAUGGCGGCGUACCUCCCCCACCACAGCCCAUAUAUCCCACCGAAUUCGCCAUCCAGCUCUACAACCCGGACACGCAGGUGAUCGUGAAGCAGCAGACAACGAAAUGGAGCAGCACAAUCAGCUGGGAGUUCAGCAUACCGCAAAUCACCUUCCGCAUGCCGAGCAAUUCAGACCUCGACCGGACACAGAUCGAUCCCAGCACCGACGUGAACACACCAAGAGUCAACUUUGCGUGGCGGAAGGAAGGCAGGAUGGGCAAGGACUUGACGUGCUACAUGACUGGCAAGUCGACGGACCUUACUGGAAAGAAGGCGAAGAAGAGCAAGGAGCCCGACAUCGCCGUCGCACUGUUCUCGGGGCUGAGGGAGAUGUCUAUCAUGGAGCCGAACCUAUACCGCGUCGAGAUUGAGGACUACAAGGGUCUGGAGGUGGCAUUGCUGCUGAGUGCGGCUGUCAUUCGCGAUCUCUUCUUCGGAGAUCCAAGGGAGCAGUUCCAUGUCAGCGACGUUGCUGCCAGGAAGAAUAGUGGUGGAGUGAGGACAAGGAAAGGCUCAUCACCAGUACAGGGAGCACACAUUACGCCACCCGUCAUGACUCCACAACCUCCGCCACCUCCAGCAUAUACUGGCCCAUCACAGUAUCCACCUGAAAAGGUGCCUUUGCAGCCAGCGAGUGGAGCUGCGAUGAACGCGCAAAUGCAGCCUCCAUCAUACACCCCCAACAACAAUGCUGCCAAGCGUUCCUCUCUUCCGCCGCUACAGACCGGCGCCCGCCCGGCACAUGUCCAGCAACAAAGACCGCCACAGGGACGCACAUUCGCUCAACACCAACAACAACGACAACAGCCGCAGCAACCGCAACGACCUCAACAACCACAGCAGCCGCCGAGGCCACAACAGCAACAAGCUCCCAGGCCCCAACAAGGCACCCAACAAGCACAACCAGGACCGCGUUUAGACCCCCGAGCGCAAUGGGAGAUUGACGCAGAGACCGCAAGGCUGAAAGCCCAAGUCGAAGCCGAAGAGCGCGAACAACAGCGCAAAGCUGAAGCCGAGAAGAAAGCCCGCAAAAGGCGCGAGCAAGAACAGGAGCGCCAGACACUGCAGUUCCUCGAGCAAGAAAAGAAGCAAAAGGAGCGCGAAGAGAAAGAGCGACGUCGCAAACAAGCAGAGGUCGAUAAGGAGACUGAACGCCUGAAGAAGCAAUUCGGCGACCAAUCCACGCUACUACAAUCCAUACUUGGCGCCUGGAGGCCAUCGGCCAACUGCGAGUCACAGCAGCUUCUUCACCAACGGAUUGCCGAAGCCACAGGUGCAACCAAAGGCGAAGAAGAGUUUUUGGGGAUUGAGGACGUCAAGCGAGACGACCGCGGAGAAGCUGAAGAAGAAGAAGAGUCCAUAUUCACUCACCUCGUCUAUUUCUUCCGCACGCAGCGCGCCCAGGCCAGCGGCGUGGAAUCCGCCAAGCCCGGAAACUUGCUCAAUGAGCACGUUUCCCAGGGUCGCUCAAAGCUUGGUAUUGACAUGAAGGGAAGUUAUUGGGUGGCGGAAUUGCUUAGUGGCAUGCAGGCAUCGAUUGCGCGCAUGGGAAGGGGAGGUAGCAUGGUAAAGACGGGAAGCACCGCGACAGCGCAUUUCCGCCUCCUCCAACCCCAAUGGCGCGGCGACUCCUUCAUCGCCCCGGCCUCGCAAUACAACUACCCCUGCGCCGGCGUCAACGCUACGUCCAGCGAUUCCACGAACCGCACCCAAUGGCCGCUGACCGGCGGUAGCGUUGUCUUCAAUGGCAGUCACCCAUGGUCCUUCACAUACGUCAACCUCGCCAUCGGCACCAACGCAUCAAGCUUCAACAUCUCGCUGGUUCCAGGCUUCAACCAGACUGGUCCCGGCGUAUUUUGCUUCAAAGAGACGGGCCGCGCGCAUCUCGAAGAAGGGCUGAAGAAGGCUGGGUACAGUGGGUUGACGGAUGAGAGGCUGAAUGGGUUGGAUGCUACUGUUCAGGUCAUCCAAUUGGGCGAGAGGGGAAGUGCUUUGUACAACUGCGCGGAUAUCAAGUUCAACGCGAGCGCUCAGCUUCUCGCAGAUGAUCAGUGCAAGAAUGGAACGGGCGUUAGUGGUGUUGCGAUUGCAAAUGUUGAGGGCGGUGCAUCGCCUGCGGGAUCUGCAGCGCCGUCUGCAAGUUCGGGGGCGGCGAGCAAGUUUGGACCGGUCGUUGGGAGCGGAGUUGUUGCGGCUGCGAUGGCUUGGGGAUUAUGGUGA